AUGACAACUGAAUUAGAUUCUUCAAGUAAGAUGCUACAAAGUAACGGGAUCUCUAAUGGAUUGCAGGACUUCAAUAACCAGGCAAAGUUCGAUACUCCGAUGACAAAUAGUAAUCAAUCCAAUGAUCCAGUUUCGGUACCGAAUAGCAUAAAUAAACUACCUCCUAGUUAUACUAGACUUUCUUUAGAAACAAAUAAACCACCCACGAUACCUCAUGUCCAAAUCAAUCAAACUUCUUUAUCUCUAAUCAUAAGGAAUUUAACCGUCUUUACCAUCAAAGAAAUUUCUCAGUAUAUGAAAACAAAUUUACACAAUACGAUGGAUAAUUCAAAAACAACUAAGAAAAUAAACUUUUUAAAUCUGAUCAUUUUCUUAAGAAAUCAGUUUUUGAAAUUAUACGUUUUAAUCAAAUGGUCACGUACAAUUAAAAACAAUAAUUUCCACAUAUUGAUUGAUUUAUUGAACUGGUUCAGGACGACGAAUAUGUCUGUAAAUAAUUGUAUUUGGUCGUUAAAAUCAAGUCUAGAGUCAAUGACUAAUGCUAAAUUACCAAAUGUGGAUCUUAUUACAGCUUUAGAAGUCUUGAGCUUAGGUAGACCAAAUUUACAAACUUUCAAAAUUUUGAAAAACGACAAUUUGAACUAUGUUAAUGGAAUGAUUGAGAUACCUUCAAAUUUAAUAAUAUCAAAAUUGAAUGACUUAAAUUUAGUUAAUUCAAUCAAAAUAUCAAUGAUGGAAGUACCUCCUCAAUUCAACAAUUAUAAUGUUAAAAAUGGUAAGAUUUACAUCACUGUUCCAGGAGAGUUUGAGAUUCAGUUAUCUACAGUGGAUCAUCAAUCUAAUCUAUUCUUUGUGGAUCUCACUUUACUCCUCAAUUCUUCAUCGGAAACAAAAGAAUCUAAUGAUGAAACCACCUCUGAUACUGGAAAUAAUAAUAGCAAUGAUACUUCUAAUAUGGAAAAUAAUGAUGAUAAUAAAAGUAGCAGUCCAGGGAAUAAAAUUAUUUCAAAAAAUUUUGAUAAUUCGUUACCUUUAAAUAAACAAAGACUGGAAAAAGUAAUCAAUGAAAUCCUUUUCAAAAGUAGUAAACCGUUAUUUUCAUUGUAUCAAUUUUUACAUAAAUAUAUCUUAACGUUGAAGCUUUAUAUGAUCCACAUGGAAUUACUGAAUUUGGAGACUCUAGGAAAAUAUUCUGGUGGUAAUUUAAUCCAUUCGUAUGAUUCCAAAAAAUCAAUUAUUAAUGGUAGAUACUGGAUUAAUGGUAAAACAGGAAAUAAAGGAAAAUUCACAAUAGGCGUUGCCAAAAGCACAGAGACUCUUGUCUUAAGAUGGGAUAAUUAUAAUGAAAUUUCUACUCAGGAUAAGACACCUUCGAUUUAUCCAGAUCUUUUGAACAAUAUUGAAAAUAUCUUAGAUGAAAUCAUGUUCAAUCACGCAAAUCUAAUUAGAUUGGAUCUUUUAUCUAAGAAAGUUUUCCAAGAAGAUGAAGAUAAUCUAGAUGUACUAUUAUUUCAGUUACCAACAACGUGUCAAUCUACAGCUCCAGUACAAUUAAAGAUCGAUUUAAUAACAGGGGUUUUCUAUUUCAAGAAUCCAACUCCUCUAUUAUUAGAAUAUACACAACAAAUCAAUAGAGCAGAGACAACGACUGAUUUACUCAAAAUUUUACAAAAAUUGAAAUUGGAUAAAAUAACACAAAUACUCAAUAAUAUGUUUGAAAAAACUGGUUGGAUUUGUAGUAAAGCAAUUAAACUGAGCAAAUCAAUUACAACAGACAUUAAAGUCAACAAUAGAACAAAAAAUAAUGAAGAUGACGACCGAAUUUUACAAAGAGACAUGUUUGUUUCUUUACCAAAAUGGCCCAUUAAGUGGUAUUUAGUCCUAUCAAUAAUUUCAUCAGAUUCAUCCUGUAUCAUAGAAAAGAGAAUAGGUAAAAUUGUUUCUAAUAAAGGGAAUUGGGAAUUAAAAUAUUUGGAUCCAAAAAGUAUUCAUUCAUCCAAGAUGGAAUCAAUAACGUACCAAAAAAUAAUGCCUCUACAGAAAUCAAUUUUACACAGAAUCAUAAAUCAUAUGUUAAUAGACUCACUAAACCAGUUGAACAUCCACAACAAGGUUUGCUCCACAGAAGUGAUCAAUUCUGUACUACCAAAAUAUAUUGUUGAAGAUUUACAAAAAGAUAGCUCCGAUGAUAGCAGUGAAGAAUACACUUCUGUCAUUGCAUUGGAAUUACAAUCUUUCUUAGAAGGUUCGAAAGCAUUAAAUGGUAUAUUAGAAAAUUCGAUGUUUUUAAGAAUUGACUAUAAAAAUUCUUUAAUCAGGUUAUAUGCUAAAUUCAAAAAAGAUAAAAUGAUUAAACAAGUUCAGUGUGAGGAGCUGCUAACUCACUUCAUUGAAGAUAAUUCUUUGGACUUCUAUUUAAAUGAAACUUUCAAAAAUCUUGGUGAAAUUGUGAAAUAUUUGACAACAUUUAGGCAAAAACUUAUGCAACUAGUUGUUGUUACAGAUGUUGUUGAUAAGUUGCACAAAAAUUUCUCCUCUGAGUUUUUCAAAAUCACUGAAUUGAAACCUAAUGAAAUUUCCUUCAAAUAUUUAAAAGACCAAGAUACAAAUGACGAUAAACAAGAUUGUACGAUUAAUAUCAUAACCAGCGAACAGAUGGUAAAGAAUCUAACUUUCAAAUUAUCCGAAUCUAACCCACAACAUGUAAUACAACCUUUUAUCAAUAACUCCAGCCUGGAUUAUCACUUCAUCUUUAACUACCUACAAUUCACAUCUUCAUUUUUUAUUACUUUAAGCAAAAUCAUUAAUGAAACUCAACAGAAUACUGUUAAACAUUCACCAACUGUAAGACUCGGAUUACAUAACCUUAGCGAAUAUCAGUUAAUCUACUAUAACCCAGAAUCUGGCACUAAGCUGACUCUUAUAAUUGAAUUGAAAAAUGUCUCCCAUAAUUCCAGAAGUAAGAUCCAUUACUUCAUUCAUUUCUCAGAAGAUGAACACAUCACAACCAAGUCUCUAGCAUACCCUAUGAUUCAUCAAGUAAGCAACCAAAUCUUCACUUUGGAUGCAAAUGCCCAAGCAAAAUCAAGGUAUCCUUUUGCAAUUAGAUUAAUUGAUGGUAUUUCUUGUGAUUCAAGAGAUAUUGAGAAUAUUUUAUCGGAUAUUCAUGAAAUUUUGAAAGUUGAUAGUGACAAAAAGAAUAAUACUAAUUAA